AUGGAUAUUGAUCUCUUGUGGGCUAUUGGGGGGUGGUUUCUAUUCUUUGAUUGCAUGGCAGCUUCUUCUUCUUCUUCAACAUCAUCACCGCUCUCAGAAAGCGACACAAAGCUCAACCAUCUCUUCAUCGGCUUCUUCCUCGUCCUCUCCCUUCUCAGCUUCGGGUUCCUUGUAUUGAUGACCCAACCAAUGGACCAUGCCGAAAAGCCGUCACUUGUGCCCUCCUCCUCGUCAUUAAUCAUCACUCGAAGGCUUCUCCUCUCAUCAUCGGAUCACUCCAUGGAGUCAUCAUCUUCAUCGUCAUCUUCAUCUACUGUGAGCUUCCACCCUAAGAAGGCCAAUAACCGCAAGGCUCCUUCACGACAAUUUGCAGCCGGAGCUCACGAGGUCCCGAGCGGUCCGAACCCAAUAUCAAACCGAUGA